AUGGCCGGAUUUGAUAAAGGUACGGUGGGAACAACUUAUUUCGAAAAAUGAGCAUCAGCUCCAGUUGCUUGAGUAAUUUCGCUCCAAUGAGAUCUGAUCUAAAAACUCACUCUGACAUCGGUAACGCAAAUCGGACGCGCUUCGGACGUUUGAGCUUUGUAGUGAACACUUGAGAGUGCUGACGCCGCUAAGGGAUCUCUAGAAAUUCUCAUGAAUGACCGGUUACCGAGGUUCGAGCAUGAAGUGUAGGAAUUAGGAACUAUUUUUUAUAAUCUCUUCUGUGAGCUUUUUUUUCGUUAAUCAGUUUUUUCGGAUCUAAUUACUUCCAUUUUCAAAUUUUUCAAGGUCUUAAUUACAACUUAUAAGUUCAAUUCAAAAUUGAUAGAUGCAGUAUCAGAAAAAGUUCAUCAAAUUAAAUAUAUGAAAUUAAAAACCUUCAAAACUCAAAGGUAUUUCAAUCGAAAAAAAAAGAGUUAACAAGGAAGUUGUUCCAUAUUGAUACCGUAGCUUUCGACGGCCGCUGUAUAUCAGAUUGCCCGGAAAUCCCUCUCCGGUAAUCCUUUUAUCACAAUGACUCGGAUAAAGAUUGCUCCGACGCCAAGGAUGCGCUCCUAAGUGGCGGUUAUUCAUGUCGCGCCAACAAGUCAACAGGUUCUCGCGUGGUCAUAGCGACGGGCUCGCCGAGCAGGGCGGAGCUUCUACUUCUUACUUGUCGGCUCUUUUUUCUUGCUCAUCCUCCCGACACCGCCAACCGUGGUAAUUACUCGCGAUCCCCAAACUUGGAAAUCACACAGUCGGCUUGUCACUCUGAAAUCUCCAGGUAGGAGUUAUGAUCUUGGAAGUGAGGGUUGUGCUUCACAGCUGUCCGGUUCGGCGGCUGAUGCUUGGUCUUAUUAAUUGUGAUGAUGACUUGAUAAUUAAUGAUGAAACACAGAUUAUAAUUUCAUUCAUGCAAAAAGAAUGUUAGAAGAAUUAUUAUAGAGAGAAUAAGUUUCUUGAAGUAAUCGCCCCUGCUGAAUGUUAUGUUUAAGUAAGCUCUAUCGGAAAUUUUCGUCCUUUUCUGGAAACCUAAAAUUUGAACUGUUUGUGCCUUUCACUGUUAAUCCCUGGCCGGGAAAUUUCGCUUCAUAUUUUCUUAUUGCUCUUUUUUCUUCCGAAGAAAAAAGGAAAAAUAAAUAAAGAAUUUUCUCAAAAUACUGUAGGCCUCUCGUUCCUGACGACUUCCAUCCGACAACGUUUCGCGGGCCACCGGCCAUUGGAGGAAGACGGCGAAAGUGCGGACGACGCGCUCCUUGCGUCGUCGGCCUCAUCGUCUUCGUCUGGCUGGCCGACGUCGUCACUUCUCAGACGAUCACCAUCCUCACCGACACUUCCAUCCGCCACGCCGUCGAGAUCAUUCAGCGGACCAAGUCUGAACUCGCUUCUGCCGGCUUCGAACCCGGCUCCUCUUAUCAGUGGGUUCACUUCCUCGUUUCGAAUGGCAGAAAGAGAAGAAACUAUUAUAUCUCCACUUCCUAAGCACUUUGAUACGGAUAGAAAUGCGUAAGCAUUUCAGUUCUUUAGACGCUUUUUCCACUCUUUCCGGUCCGAUUUCAAAUGGGCUAAUCAACUGGGCAAUACUUUUUUGAACCUUUUAUCUAUCAUCACAUCGAAAAUUUCCUUUUUUUCAAUCGCAUGUUUGUUCAAGCGAGCUUACUGAGUUUAGGUUUUUUAAUUUUUUUUUAUCUCUUGUAGUCCUAGGUGUACUUUGUUUUCGGGCCGUAUAAAAAUGUAUUUUCAAUCGAACAAAUCGUUUGGAAGUUGAGAAUUGGGGUUUCAGCUUUAAAUUUCGUGAUUCCGUGAGAAGGAUUUCAGAUGGCAGACGCAGACGUCAGAAGCGUGCAAUGAUGACAUGACGUCAUUGAACGACAUCAAUCUUCUUCUGAGUGGAGCCAUCAAACAAAGUUCCGUCGCCGUGAUUGGGCCAACCUGUCAAAAAGGUUCCUUUUCCAAAUCCCACUCAGUAGUUUAUGGUCAGGAUUGAGCACUAUUUUUGAUUUCGCAACUUGGACGAGGCCGCAAUGAAGGGAAGAGAGCUGCGAGAUUAGGCCAACCCCCAAAUUAAAAGAACAUUUCGUAUAAAUUGGCACCGAAUAUAAAGUUUAGACGGAAUAGGUUUGUGAUGGAGAAAAAAAAAAACUGCUUUCAGUUUUACGAAAAUCGGUAAAUAUAGCUGAUUCACGGCUGGCUUGAGCCAUCGAAAAAAGGGUCCUGCCACGAAAAGAGACGAGACAGUGCCCUGGUUGGUGGAGAGUGCAGACAGGCCACGCCUUUUUGCGUCCCAAGCUAGCCGUGAAUCGUCUAUACGUUUGCCGUAGUUUACCCAAGAUUGAUAAGUUGCUGAUAAUUGCUCUCUAAACGUCAAAAUAAGCUCUUUCAUGAGCAGAACCAUUUAUUAAAGCCUUCCAUACGGGGUCAUGAAAGUUUUCGCUUCGAUAGUAUCAUUUCCCUUCGCAGUAACUUUUGUGAAAUCCUUGAUUUUGUUUAAUCAAUAUUUUUAUCUGUAUAAUAUUCAGUUUUUUCACCUUCAGUUUUUCAAAGAAAUUUGGAUUACAGCGUUAUCAAAAAAAAAAACUAUCCUGAGACGGCAGAGCAGAAAAUAUUCUAAAAAUCUUUUGAGAAGUGCUGUGGUAUACUCGGAAUCGGAAAAAAAGACGUUCGAUUCACGAAAAACAAUGAAAUUUGGAGUUUUUUUGAACCGUGUCGUGUUUUGGUUGAGUGCGGAAUGAAGUGAAGAUCUUCCGACUUUUCAUGAACAUCGAGGACCAUGAAAGAAAUAAAAUAGAAGACAAGUGUUUAUCAACUCCUUUCUCUUCUUUCGAAAACAAACUUUUUUGAAGUUAAUUGCCUGAUGAACAAUGAUACGAAAAGCGUCUCUGGACGACUACUAAUACUAAUUGGCGACUAAUUUCCAGAUGUUGAACUUGCGCUCGGGAUCACAAGUUCUCUUCGUUUUCCACACCUCAACAUCUUCGGAGAAUCAAUUUAUACCAAUAGUCUCAUUCAGGUCUCUUUUUUUCGCUGAGUUCCUUACCCAAAACUCUAGUUGUUUUCUUCAGAUGUCCGCAAGGACUACGGUAAACAUCGCCGAGAAUAUUAUCGGCUUGGCCAGAGGAUUCCAGUGGACUGGGGUAAGUUUUGUGACCAUACUCAGGGUUUUAGGAUGUGUACGCGUUAAUUGAAUUGAAAAUAAUUUAUUCGGUUAAACAUUUAUAAUUUUCUAUACUUUCUCUUAGCAGCGUGACGAUUGUUAAAUGCAAUAAUGAUUUCGCAUCGCGUAUGUAACACCAGAAGUCCUAAAUAAUGAAAAAAAAAAUGCUAUUUUUGGUUUUUCAUGAAACAGUAGACUGUCUCUAAUUGUUGGAAAACGCCUUCAGCCUUCAUUUAUAAAAACGGCAAGCAGCUUUUCAAUGGAAAAUGAUUUAUUAAAGGCUUUUGGAAUCUUUAAAAUAUUGGAGAUACCCUCAAAGUUAUAUGCGGCAACUACUCAAGUUUAAUUCUUCAAAACCCGAUGUGUGUAAAAAAGAACAUUCAAUUCUAGAUUUCUCUUCUUUAUUGUGCCUCCUGCUAUAUGACGGACGUGUUUGCAAGCGAAAAAAGGUUUUUUUUAAAAUCAGGAUCAGGAAACUCCCCUGUUUACAGAUUCAGCGAGAUCUCGAGGAUGAUAGCGACGAAAAGCAUCGCCAUCACGAAGACGUGGCGAGUGCAGCCGAACACGCCACGGCAGACCUUGGCCACCAUGUUCGGAGACUUGACCGACGUCACUAGAGGUUAUUCAUCUGCAUGAUAUACUCUCGUAAAAUAUAAAACUCUGGUGUUGAUUUUUUAAUGAUUUUUCUACUUAUGACUCUAAAUAAUUGAUAGCUUAACUUUCUCGUAAACGUUCAUAAUUUCUUCCUUUUUCUUCAAGGUUCAAUCUGUACUAGAGUUGUUGGGAGAAACUUGACCAAAUUCAAAGAAAGUGCCUUAAAAAGACAAGGAAAAUAUUGUGUGAACGGUAGAGAAUCAGACUUCGUUACUGAUCUUUCGUGUUUCAACCAGCUCUGAUUACUGUGAUUCACUAUGAACACCAAUCGCAACUGGUUCAAAUUAUGAAAAAAAAAACAGGAAAACUUUCGAAAUUGACGUCAAACUGGCUAUUAAAAAUUUGGACAGAACGCAAAAAACAUAUUGAAUCUUGGAGUUUUUCUUUGUUCAUCCCUUGAGUUGAGGCAAGCCUAUUUCGGACCUCUCCCUACAUGUUUCGUCGGCUCUUUGGGAUAUUUUGAAGUUUUAUUUCAGUGGUUGUGGCUCUCCUGGGUAACAAUUUGGCCGACUACACACAGUUUCUCCAAGCGUUCUAUUCCCGGAACUACACUGCGGAGAACGGCUACACUCCAGUUCUGGUCCUGACGAGAUUCUCUGUAGGUUUUUUUCAAGCGUGCAGCUCACCCACAGUUCUUCAGCUACAAGAGCUUUCGUUGCCUUGGGAAUCGGAUCCCUCGCUUUUGAACGUGUACGACAAAGCGCUCAUCGUGAGUUUGGUCAAAGUCGAAAUAUCUAACUUGAAAUGACAGUUGUACAAUGACAAGCAGGACAGAGCAAAAAUAUCGGAUUUCGCGAGAAGUUUUUCUUUUCAAAACGACGACGUGAGUCAACAUUUUGCAUUCUUUUCCAGAAAUUUGAAGAUUCCAGGAAGCUUUGAUUUCAAUUCAACUCUAUGAAGCGAUGUAUACGAUGGCGCAAGUUUCCAACACUGUUAGUCCUGAAAGCGUUCGAGGCGAUUUAGCAGCUCGAAAUAUUACAAGUUGGUCGGAUUAUCGGUUUGUGAGGAAGUUUCUAUUUUGAAGCUCCAUUUGGAACGAUCAAUUUCAACAAAAACGGCUACCGUAUCACUGGGUUCAACGUCAGACUUAUAAACGGGUCAAUGUCGGGUCGAGACGCCUUUCAGUUUCUUUUUUCAAACAUUCCCAUGAGUUGCGAUGCCACUAUCACUUGUUUGGUGAGUUCGAACAACUAAACGCUUCUCAAUCGAUAAUCGAUCAGAUUGCGGACGUCUCCAGCACUUCUUAUGAUGUAAAUGCGGACAGUCCCAUUUGUGGGUACAACCACGAGCUCUGCAGUCAACUCAAGUUGGAUUUCAUUUGCCGACUCUUCAAAAUGAACUAUUUCAGGCCAUUUAUUGUUAUUUUGUUAGGAAUGAUUCUUUUACUCAUUUGUACAUAUAUCUACGUUCGUCUAGUUAGAAAGUGAGUUUCUGCUUCGAAAAUAAGCAAAAGAAAAAAUGGAAUUCCAGAUUUCAAAAAACAAAAAGAUCACUAAAGUCACCUUGGGUAAUUCCCAUCGAGGAGGUCAAGUUCACCGAUCUCGCCGCUACGGAAGGAGUGAGUCCCAUUUUUAGUUUAAACGAACAAUUUUUUGAAAGCUUCAGAGUCAGUACAUGUCCAUACAGAGCCUCAAACAACGAAUGGAGGAAAAGGUAUAAACUUUUCUUUUCAAUGGAAAAUCAAGAUAAAUAGAACUUUUCGAACCGACUUGACACGGGAGCUGUAGAAAAUGGAGGCGGCAGUGAAUACAGUUAAAAUUAUAUGCUCAAGUUGAAUAUUUACUAAAUUUUUGUAAAGUAGUUCGGAAAAAAGGAUGAAAAUUUUUUCAACAUUUUAAUCUACUAAGGACGGCAAAUUUUCUUUAAAUAAUUUAGUGUUUUUUUUGCUGUAUUUUUUUGGUAAAACGUCUGAGCUUAAUUGCAUUUGGAUUCUCGCAAAUCUCCUUAAGACUUCAUUCAUUUCAGCAACGAGUCCAAACAGCAACAAAAACAAGGUUCCUGGCGACGGUCGACCAGCUCUACGUCAUCGCCGAAAAGUAUUUCGUCAAGGAUCGCCUUCGCUUCGACAAGAUCGACAGCUCUAUUCUGUUCAAUGUUUCCUACUUCCUAAGACGAUCUUGAUUUUAAAUAUUCUCAGAUGCGGAGAACGCAACACGAUAACCUCAACACCUUCAUCGGCUUCGCCUUCGAUAAACAGGAGAUCUACCAAAUCUGGACUCAAUGUUUCAGGUUCAGUGCUUCAAGCAUUUUGUGACCGGAAAUUUGUUCAGAGGGAACUUGGCGGAUUUGCUACUGGAGCCCAAAAUGGAAAACGGAAUGGUUAUGCACCACAACUUCCGCGGAGCUUUCGUUCGAGAUAUUCUCAAGGUUUGAAGAUACAGAGACUUCGAAAACGUUCAGAUUUACUGUGUGAAACAAAAAAUAAACUUCUUGAGUUCAAUUUGUUUAAACGAGAAGGUUGAUAGGUUUUGAGUUUUUUUUUCUGGGAUAAGCUCUGAAUUCCGCUUUGCUUGGAAUAAGCCUAGAAAACUUAGCUAACUAGGGAAUGGUCUCCAUUCGCAGUGGGACUUCUGAAUGAGACUAGGUUCACUAGAUGUAGUUUUUUUACGCUGAUUCCAAAUCUGGUCUCAAAAACUGCCCUCGAGACCUGUGAAAAAAGUUAGGGGCUCUCAAAGUCGAAAAAUUUUAUGUCUUCGAUUGAGCUCAUUUUUGGAGGGUAUAUAGAUCUUGUCCCUCUGGUCACGAAAAACCAUCAAAUUUCUCUCAAAAAAAUUUCGGAGCCCAGAUAUGAACUUUCAAAGCCCCGCCUAACACAAGAGCAUGCGAGCGCGGUGUCCUAUGGCGAUCCGACGGCUGUCGAAGCAACGGCAGCGAGGAGCAGUGGUAAGGCGGCGGACUGGGGAUCACGAGGUCAUAGGUUCGGUGCCCACGCUGUGCAAAAGUUUUUUUGCAAUUUCUCCUUUUUUUGGAUACUUUCGUCUAACUGCUCCUUUUUUUGAGUUUUUGAGGCGUAUAAACACGAAAAAAACUGCGUUUUUGAACCUAUUCCAACAGCUGAAAUUCUUUUUUUGUCGCAAAUUUUUUUCAUGAAAUUUUUUUCGUGAUUUUUCCAUGUGUAUGAGCAUGAGUUGGAUUGUCAAAAUUUUUCAGAAAAAAAUUUUUUUGGUUUUUUUCUUUUUUUCUUUUUUUCCAAAAGCUGUCUAGACCGAAUUCAUCACAGCUACGCUGAUAGAUGAUGCGGAAAUUUUUCAAUAAUUUUUUUCAGACUGCGGUGCUCACUUACCUCUUCACGAGAAAAAAAAAUCACCCAAAUUUAAUUCAGGUUUUUGCUGAAACUUUCAAGGAGGCUUUCUUUGAUCCGUGAAUAAAAUUAAUAGAAAAAAACCUCACUAAAAACUUCCGUUCAAUGAAAAUUUUGAAAGGUUAUAGUCAGACUUCGGCGAGUAGAAAGUUCCAAAAUAAAAAAGAAACUGAAAAUAAGAAAAAUGAAGUUUCUUUGAGAUAUAAGUUUUUUGGACAAUUUUCAAUCUUUUCCAUUUGGGGCAAACCGCGGGAAUUUUCUUUUUUUUUCGGCAAAAUGCGAUGGUCAUAGGUGAGCCCACUGCAAAUAACGAAGGGUUUUUUGAAGAAAAAAAAUUUUUUUCUGUGGUCAGUCAGCGUAGCUGUGAUGAAUUCGGUCUAGACAGCUUUUGGAAAAAGAAAAAAGAAAAAAAAAACCAAAAAAUUUUUUCUGAAAAUUUUGACAAUCCAACUCAUGCUCAUAUACAUGGAAAAAUCACGAAAAAAAUUUCAUGAAAAAAAUUUGCGACAAAAAGAAUUUCAGCUGUUGGAAUAGGUUCAAAACGCAGUUUUUUCGUGUUUAUACGCCUCAAAACUCAAAAAAGGAGCAGUUAGACGAAAGUAUCCAAAAAAGGAGAAAUUGCAAAAAAAACUUUGCACAGCGUGGGCACCGAACCUAUGACCUCGUGAUCCCCAGUCCGCCGCCUUACCACUGCUCCUCGCUGCCGUUGCUUCGACAGCCGUCGGAUCGCCAUAGGACACCGCGCUCGCAUGCUCUUGUGUUAGGCGGGGCUUUGAAAGUUCAUAUCUGGGCUCCGAAAUUUUUUUGAGAGAAAUUUGAUGGUUUUUCGUGACCAGAGGGACAAGAUCUAUAUACCUUCCAAAAAUGAGCUCAAUCGAAGACAUAAAAUUUUUCGACUUUGAGAGCCCCUAACUUUUUUCACAGGUCUCGAGGGCAGUUUUUGAGACCAGAUUUGGAAUCAGCGUAAAAAAACUACAUCUAGUGAACCUAGUCUCAUUCAGAAGCCCCACUGCGAAUGGAGACCAUUCCCUAGUAAGAAAUCUUUUAUCUUCAGGGGCUAGACUACAUUCAUUUAUCUGAAAUUGGGUUUCACGGUGCUCUGACGUCAGCCAACUGCAUGAUCGACUCGCAUUGGAUUCUCAAACUCUCCGGGUUCGGCGUCGCCCGAUUACUUUACAAGUGGGUUUUCCCGUGUCUGUGCUCAAAUCCCAUGAAAAUACUGACGUUUGUCUUCGAUUUGAAGAUGGCGCGCUGCCAACCUUCUCUUCACGCACGACAGAAGGCCCAUCAUUGCGAAUCCAGGUGGGGUCGAACUCUUUUCUGAAGUAAUAUGAGAGUUCAGAACUUCAUUACUACGCUCCUGAGCUGAGAGGUCUUCUGAGGACCCACAUGACAAGCACGCGUACUGAGAAAAUUCAUUUCACCAACGCCUUUGGACGGGUUUGAGCUGAUUGAAGAUCUAUAAAACAUGAUUGUAGUUUAGUUUUUUUGGCAGAUGUCUUUUGAUAAACAAAUUUUUCAAUUUGGGGAAAAUACUGCAAAAAGUGUAGGUUUAUGGGGAAUAAAAAUCUAUAAGUUGAAAAAAAAAACAAGCGAAAUAAUUUUAAGUCAGAAAAAAAAACAUAGUUGAACACGGCUUUUCACAUUUUUUUGAAGUCCAACAGAAAAAAAGUUUUGCUUUUUUCUGUUGGACUUCAAAAAUGAUUUUUCGCACAAUUAUCUAUAUUUUUUUAUAAUUCUAUUCUAUAGAUGGAAAAAGCUUUCAGACGGCGGACAUUUUUUCAUUCGGCGUUGUUCUUUACGAAAUCCUCUACGGCCAGAAGUAUGUCAAUAUCGACGACAAAGUCUACCGUAAGAUCUCAAAUUCUCUUCGAACCAGAUUUGGAAUAUCCAGAAGAAUGUACCUUGAUGGACCUGGAAGCUGAGUCGAGAGUGCCGGACAAUCCAGACUUCCCUCAUAGCGACGACGUGCAUCCCGACCUCGUCGAGCUCAUCCAGAAGUGCUGGACACGGCAGCCUGAGCUCCGACCUGACCCCGCUCUGGCGAGAAAAAUUACCGACGCCACGUUGAAAAUGUAGACGGAGUCAUUCUGAGCUCUCAUGAUUUUUUUUCUUCUUGUCACAGGUCUGGAUCGCUGGUGGAUCAGAUGAUGAAGAACAUGGAGAUGUACACGAACGGCCUCGAGCUGCUGGUCGCCGAGAGGACGGGUCAACUCGAAGAAGAGCAGAUGAAGGCCGACAUGCUCCUUUCUGAGUUGCUGCCGCCGUAUGUCCAAUUUUUUUUUUUGAAAAUAGCCUUUUAUUUACUUGAAAACCAGUUUUUUUUUCAACUACUUUCUAUCUAAUCGAAAUAGUUUUUAUUAUGUUUUCCAACUUUCCUUACUCUGCUAAUUCUGAUAAAAUUAAUUUCAUAAAUUACGAUGUGAUCCGUGGAAAUUAUAGUAUCGCUUUUUCAAAACUGAUAAAAUCUCAACAACAAAAUUCUUUCCAGCUAACCGUACCAAAUCUGUUUCUAGUGUUCUUUGGUUUUCUUUUUGUUACGGAUCUUUUUAUUCCUUAAGCUCACCUCGAUUUAAAAUAGGUUUAGGUUAAUUAAUCUGAUUUUUUUUUGUUCAUGAGAUUAUUUUGAUGCGAUUUAGGUCGAUAGCGGAGGAGCUGAAGAACGGAAGGAUGGUACAUGCGAAGACGUACAACUCGGCGACGAUCCUCUACUCGGACAUCGUCGGCUUCACUUCGCUCUGUUCAGAGUCGCAGCCGAUGGAGGUGGUCGCCCUGCUCUCCGGCAUGUACCAGACCUUCGACCGGAUCAUCAGCCAGCAGAACGGCUACAAGGUUUUUUCCCUUCUCGCAUGGAAAAAGAGAAAGCUGUGGCAGAUGGAGACGAUCGGCGACGCCUACUGCGUGGCCUCCGGAAUUCCAAUCGCUUCAGAGACGGCCCACGUCAAGAACAUCGCCAUGGUGGCCCUGUUGCAACGAGACGUAGGCCCCUUUGCUUCUCACUCGAGAAAGGAUAUUUUCCAGUUCCUGCACAAGUUCGAGAUUCCGCAUAGACCAGGCCAGUAUCUCAAGUGUCGCUGGGGUUUCAACAGCGGCUCUGUUUUCACAGGAGUCGUCGGAAUUCGCGCGCCGAGAUACGCCGUCUUCGGACCUACGGUAAUUUUGAAUAUUACCCAAACAAUUUGCUCUUUCCAUUCGCAAGGUGAGAAGGAAGAACUUGGUCUUUCAGGUGACAAUCGCUGCAAAGCUGGAAAGCUCUGGCGUGCCUGACCGCAUUCAAAUGUCUCUAGCAAGUCAAAAGGUACUUCUUCCAAUCCCUAAAAUUUCAUUCAAUGAAAAAAUUGAAUAAGAAUGAAAAAUAUAGUCAUUUGAAACGUAAGAGAGAGCUUCGAAACUUCGGAAAAGAAAAAUCCGGGACUAUAGAAAUUUAUUUGAAAUCUAACUAUGGCGGUCCUUUGAUGACCUUUUAAAAAAAGAAGAUUUUUUUCAUAAAUUUUCCCAAAUUAGAUAUAUUAUUUUUAUAUAUGUUUUUCCACUUCCAAAAUAUUUGAAUAUUUGAAAAUUUCAAAAGUUUUUUUAAUCCAGCAAAAAAACAUCCUUAUUAAAAAAAGUUAUCAAGUUUUUUUGAGAAAAAUUUCUGAGAAGCUUUUUUUUUUCAAGAAACCAGAUUGUUUAUCAGCUUCUAGAAACCAUUUUCAGUUGAUAUCAAGAAAUUAUCCGGAAUUCGCACAUUGUUCACGAGGCAGCGUCAAGAUUGAUGUAAGAUCCGAUAUCCUUAUACGUCAAAAUUGGAAAUUUCAGUCGAUAGGAACACUCCUCACCUAUUGGUUAGAAGGCGUCGACGAAGAAAAGGCCAAGGCGCAAUCGGCCAAAAUCAUACAAGUCGAUCCAACAAUAGACGAGGCAACUAGAGGGAAUCAGGAUUCACAAAGAAUCGUCUUUUUGCAGUACAUCGACGUGCGGAGAGCGAGGAACAGUGCUCGACCGCCGCUUCUGGAAGAACUCGAGGAGUUGGACGACGUCUUCGGCGAGCCUUCCAGUCUCUCUGGGCCAAACUCUGCCGGCUCUUUCAGCCAACAUUCGACUGUUGUCGUUUCCUGA